UCGGACAAGAGAUGGAUGGAAUAUCCGAUAAUACAAGAAACGCUGACGAGCUGUUGAAGAGGGGCUCCGUCAAUUGACUGCUUAUCGAUUCCACACCUCCACCUACAUCUCCAUCCACGUCCCACGUGCUGUCUCUCUCUCUCUCUCUCUCUCUCCCUCCCUCUCGCAUGAUCUUCUCGUCAAUUCCCACUCAUCGAUCGAGCCGUGGAAUUAAUAAUUGGGAGGAGAAAAAGCAAAGGAGAGAGCUUUGCGAACAGAAACGGUCCGACUGGACGCCAAGAAACGAUCCGGGCAUCGUCAAUGAUUGAUUGAACGGCGAAAUCGGUGACGAGACGGCUUUCCGCACGAUGUCGCGAUAGAUGGGUCUUCGUCGACGACGACCGCGGGGGUGUUGAGCCAUGAAAGGCGUCUCUUCGGCGCCCGGCGAUUAUGUCCACUUCAAGUCUCAGGUCCCUCUUCACAAGAUCCCCAUCGGCGUAAAGCAAUGGAGAUAUUACGAUUUUGGUCCAAAAGUGGUGCCACCGCUUAUUUGUCUUCCUGGCACAGCAGGAACGGCAGAUGUCUAUUACAAGCAGGUCAUGUCAUUGGCAAUGAAGGGUUAUCGAGUGAUUUCUGUUGAUAUUCCACGUGUUUGGAACCAUCACGAAUGGAUUCAGGCAUUUGAAAAGUUCUUGGAUGCUAUCGACGUUCAUCAUAUACAUCUUUAUGGCACCUCUCUGGGAGGCUUUCUAGCACAACUAUUCGCUCAACAUCGUCCCAGGCGGGUCAGAUCAUUGAUUUUAUCCAAUACAUUCUUGGAAACGCAGAGCUUUGCUGCUGCAAUGCCAUGGGCUCCAAUUGUUAGCUGGACCCCUUCUUUUUUGCUUAAGCGCUAUGUAUUAACUGGGAUUCGUGAUGGCCCUCAUGAACCAUUCAUUGCUGAUUCUGUGGACUUUGUCGUCUCUCAGGUUGAGACUCUCUCCAGGGAAGACUUAGCCUCCAGGUUAACUUUGAUGGUUGAUGCUGCUUCAGUUGGAUCUCUUCUGCUGUCGGAUUCAUUUAUCACCAUCAUGGAUACGAAUGACUAUUGUGCUACUCCUCAAAACCUCAAAGAUCAAGUAAUUGAGAGGUAUCCCGAAGCAAGAAGAGCACAACUGAAAACUGGAGGAGACUUUCCAUUCCUUUCCCGCCCAGAUGAAGUGAACUUACAUCUUCAGCUACAUCUCAGACGAGUUGGGGUUGAAGCUCGGCCAGACUUGGUUCGAGGAGCCAAGGCUGCAACAGCUGUCAGUGCCAGCGACAGCAGUAAUCAACAUGGAGAUCCUUCCAAGGACAACGAGGAAAAGUCUCCUCCUCCUUCCUCCGAAAAUCGAUCUCCUCCAGAUGAAGAAGUGACAGAGACGUAUGAUUUUGAAGAAGAGCAAAAUACAGACGAACAUCCAGCACAGGAGACCAUGGGAACUCAUAGUUUUGAAGAAAAGCGCGCUACUGACGAAAAUCAGGAAGCUGAACCAGAUCCACUUGAGGUGUGAUGGAGGAGCUGCCAUACCUUCUUUUCCCCCCAGUGUUUUCAGUUCUUACUUUGUUUCAAGCCACGAGCUUUCAGUGUGCUGUCAUUUGUUGAUUUCGUGGAGAAUCGGGGUUUCAGUUUCAGCGCACCAGUGUCGAAGGUGCGUACGGAAAUAGAGAUUCAUCACAAGGGGAGUCGAAGAAAACAGCAAAAGUUUGUGGAUGGGGUCAAGCUGAAUUUGAGCUGUUGAGCAACUGAUAUUCAAUUUGAUGCUUUUGACUAUACAUUUUCAUGGAGUGGUGCAUUGCCACAAGCUGAGAGCUGUAGAAGUACACGUCGACAAUUCUUCUUUGUUUAUUGCAUUUCUUUCUGGUCAUUGUACAUUUCGUGACUUUUUGCCUUGGGAAGUAAAGACUGUAAAAUUUUGAAAGCUUCGUACAUUCUUGUUUGUAUAAUAUGGACAGACAGGGCUCUUGUUGGCAAGUUGGCGGAA